AUGUCGCCUCUCUUGAUUCUUGUGUUUGUAGGUAUUCUGUCUGUUAGAGUGGAAUCGUCCUGCAUGUAUGCUUUGCCUGACCCCGGAGCUGACGGAUGUGUUUACAACGGACAUCAUAUUGCGACAGGAGACUCUUAUAGGGAUAUGGACAGGUGCUUCUCGUGUAGUUGUGGCACAGACAAUAGCAUGCAGUGUUGUGGAUUUGGUCACCAGGCAGGGGUAUUUGAGAUCCCAGAUGGCUGCUAUAUGCUGAAAAAUGGAUGUAAUUUCAAAAUUGUGAACGCUCAAGAUCAUUCAAAGUCAUGUGUAACAACUGUGAUUGGCUGA